AGGAGAGAGAGAUGUGUCACUGUGGAACAAUAAAGGCCCCACCCACAGACCCAGUUUGCUGUCUCUGACAGGUUGAGUUCCACCCUGUAAACAGCCUCAAUCCUUUCAUUCGACCCUUUGUUUGUGAUUGAGCAUCUGAUUCUCAGUCCAUUUGGUGAAGCGAGAUUCAGACAGUGGGGUGACAGCACGAGAGCUCCCGCCUGUUUGGCUUUAUUUGAGCCCAUCACACCUCCACCAGCUGCCAUCCGUGGUCUGGCCCCAUUCAUCCAGGAAGAGAAAGAAGAACCUCCAGGACCAGCCACAGCCUAGUCAGCUGAAGAGAUGUCAAUGAUUGGGAGUUCCGAAGCAUUCCAGCCUGUGUCUCUGAAGCAAGAAGGAGAUGACCAACCCUCUGAGACUGAUAAGCUGUCCAUGGAGGACGGGGACCUAGUCAAGGACCCAGUGCCAAGCCAGAUUUCAAGACAGCCAAGUGUGACUGAAUCAACAUUCUACCCCAAUCCGUAUCACCGGCCUUAUAUCUCACGGAAGUACUUCGUUACACGGCCAGGAGCCAUUGAGACUGCCAUGGAAGAUUUGAAAUGCCACGUAACCAAGACUUCCGGAGAGACCAUUCAAGGCUUCUGGCUCUUGACAGAGAUAGACCACUGGAACAAUGAGAAGGAGAGGAUUUUGCUGGUCACAGACAAGACUCUCUUGAUCUGCAAAUAUGACUUUAUCAUGCUCAGCUGUGUGCAGUUGCAGCACAUUCCCCUGAGCGCUGUCUAUCGCGUCUGCCUGGGCAAGUUUGCGUUCCCUAGGAUGUCACUGGACAAGCGACAAGGAGAAGGCCUUAGGAUCUACUGGGGGAGUCCGGAGCAGCAAUCCCUACUGUCCCGCUGGAACCCAUGGUCCACUGAGGUGCCUUAUGCUACCUUCACUGAACACCCUAUGAAAUACACCAGUGAGAAGUUCCUUGAAACUUGCAAGUUGUCUGGGUUCAUGUCUAAGCUUGUUCCAGCUAUCCAGAAUGCCCACAAGAAUUCCACUGGAUCUGGAAGAGGAAAGGGACUGACGGUGUUAACUGAACCCAUUUUGAUUGAGACGUACACGGGGCUGAUGUCAUUCAUUGGAAACCGCAACAAACUUGGCUAUUCCCUUGCCCGUGGGAGUAUUGGUUUUUGAGACUCUUUCAUGUAUAAGUACCUCAUCCACAGGUAAAUCGUAAUUAAAGAUUCUGUUUCAGGUCA